AUGACUAGCUCUGGAGAACGUUUCACAGAUAUUGAAUUGGGAAAUAAACGUCUACCAGCAUGCUAUGGUUACUUUGGGUGGAAGCUAAUGUCUCUUGAGGAGACCAUGGGAGAAUUACGUGAUCUAGUGCCAGAAAUCAAUCGUUUCGUUAAGAUGGCCAAGAGACACUGUAUAUUUCCGAACGAUCAUAAUCUAAGCAAAGAUGAAGCUGCCUCAAUCUAUCUUUACACUAUGGAAAUGCUAGAAAAAGCAAGCGUUUACCAUUUAUUAAAUCAAGCACUCCGCGCCGAUAAUCGGGCAGAUGUGCGUCCAUGGUUUGCUUAUCUAAAGCUUUUCGAUUCUGCAACAUCGAAAUUGCCAAACUUUAAAGGUGUUAUUUGGCGUGGAGUUGAUAAAGACGUUAGUCAGACAUUCAAAAAAGGUCAAAGAAUAACUUGGUGGAGUGUGAGUUCAUGUUCAAAAUCAGUUGACGUCAUUUCGUCAUUUAUUAAAGCAGCUCCACAAAGUACCCUUUUCAAUAUUGAGUGUUCGACUGGAAAAUCGAUUGUAGCGUAUACAUGUUACCACAGUGAAAAUGAAGUCAUUCUAAUGCCAGGCACAGUGUUUGAAGUUGCAGCAGACCCUUUGCAUCACCAUGGCGGGUUACAUUUGAUACACUUAAAAGAAAUUUUUGAUGACGAUGACAAUGACGAUGAUGAUAUUGAUGAUGAACCGAAAGGAACUACGGGAACAACAAAUUCAAGGGCUUCGGCAGUUGCAUCUGUUUCACAGAAAAUGAGCAAUAUCAGUUUAGUUGUUAUCCCAAAUAUUCCUGCAAAUGCCAAAUGGGCAGAAAACGGCACCACCGUCGCUGGAGGCCACGGAAGAGGUAAUGAAUUAAAUCAGCUCAACAGCCCUUAUGGCAUCUUUGUGAGCAAUGAUCAAACACUUUAUAUAGCUGAUAAGGAUAAUGACCGUAUUGUGGAAUGGAAGUCUGAUGCAACUUGUGGUCAAGUAGUAGCCGGCGGUAACGGCGAAGGCGAUCGAGUUAAUCAAUUAAAUAAACCAAGAGAUGUGGUUUUUGACAAAGAAACCGAUAGUCUCAUCAUCUGUGACAGUGAUAAUGGACGAAUGAUAAGAUGGUAUUGUCAGAAAUCAAAAAGCCAGGAAGUUAUCAUUCAGAAUGCCCCUUGUAUUGGAUUGAGAAUGGACGAUCAGAGAUUUCUUUAUGUAACGGGCUUUGAUGCAGUGAGACGGUAUAACUUUGGAGAGAAGGAUGGGACAGUGGUGGCAGGAGGCAAUGGGAAAGGCAACGAACUCAAUCAAGUUAAUUGGCCCACAUACGUCUUUGUCGAUCAAGAUUAUUCCGUGUACGUCUCGGACUCGAAAAAUCAUCGGGUGAUGAAAUGGAUGAAAAAUGCAACGGAUGGUAUCGUUGUGGCAGGUGGUCAAGGCGAGGGUAAUGCUUUGGCACAGUUGUCACGUCCCAAGGGAGUUUUUGUUGAUGCGCGGGACACAAUUUAUGUGGCAGAUGAUGGUAACCAUCGAGUAAUGCGUUGGUGCAAAGGAGCUAAGCAAGGAUCUGUGAUUAUUGGCGGAAAUGGCCCAGGAAAACGAGCGAACCAACUACAGAAUCCCGAAGGCUUAUCAUUCGAUUGUAAUGGUAAUCUAUAUGUUUCUGAUUACGGAAAUAAUCGAGUUCAACGAUUCUCCAUUGAAAUAUAA